AUGACACUCGCUCCCUGCCCAGACACCCGGCACGGCACAAGGAGGUCGGACAUCGAGGUGCUGCCCCUCUCCUUGAUGCCAGCCACACUCCUCAUCCUCCUCGUCCUCCUCAGCCCCACCGGCACCACCUCUGAGCCCGAGAUAUUGCCAUUCCCAGAGAUCCGUCUCACCAAUGGGCCCAGCCGGUGCCAGGGGCGAGUGGAGAUCCUCUACAACGGCUCCUGGGGGACGGUGUGCGACGACGACUGGGACAUCGUGGAUGCCAACGUGGUGUGUCGCCAGCUGGGCUGUGGCCAUGCCAUCACCCUGCCAGCUGCCAUGACCUUUGGCCAGGGGAGUGGGCCCAUCUUCCUGGACAAUGUGGACUGCAAGGGCUGGGAGGCAGCCCUGAGCGAGUGCUGGAGCCACGGCUGGGGCAUCCACAACUGCUACCACUACGAGGACGUGGCUGUUGUGUGCAAUGAGUUCUCACCCACGCAAGUCAGCGAAGGACCGACCACCAGGACCCUCACGGCCUCGGUACAGGACGGGGAAAGUGACGGCAGCAUCCGCCUGGUGAGCGGCCCCGACACCUGCCAGGGCCGGGUGGAGAUCUUCUACCGCGGGAACUGGGGCACCGUCUGCGAUGAUGACUGGGGCCUGAGCGACGCCAGCGUGGUCUGCAAGCAGCUGGGCUGUGGGCAAGCCCUGGAUUACAAGAGCAAUGCCUAUUUUGGCUAUGGAACAGGACGUAUCCUCCUGGACAACGUCAACUGCGACGGCAGCGAGCCCUUCCUGUCUGCCUGCUACAGCCUCGGCUGGGGCAUCCAUAACUGCGGCCACCACGAGGAUGCUGGGGUCAUCUGCACAGGGCUGGACACAUCCACCAUCACAUCAUUCACCACCUCGGUAGCCCUGGACUCUGAGGAGACGCUCACAGCCACGGCCACAGUGACAGACAGCAGGGACCAGCCCUCCCAGGCCACCGAGGUGGUCACCACCACGCUCCCGACCAUGGAGCAGGAAAGUGGCGGCUUGCGGCUGGCGAACGGGAACGGGAGCUGCCGCGGGCGGGUGGAGGUGCGGCACCGCGGCACCUGGGGCACCGUCUGCGACGACGACUGGGACUUCCCCGACGCCCAGGUGGUUUGCCGGCAGCUGGGCUGCGGCACCGCCCUCGCCGCCACCGUGCUCGGCUCCUUCGGCUACGGCAGCGGGCCCGUGCUGCUGGAUAACGUGGGCUGCGGCGGCGGCGAGGCGCGCCUGGCCGACUGCUUCCACCUGGGAUGGGGACAGCACAACUGCGGCCACCACGAGGACGCCGGGGUCAUCUGCCGAGACCCCAUCCCAUCCACAGGAUCCCUGCGCCUGGUGAACGGCAGCCACCGGUGCGAGGGGCGCGUGGAGAUGUUCUACCUGUCCCAGUGGGGCACGGUGUGUGACGACGCCUGGGACCUGCGGGACGCCAGGGUGGUGUGCAGGCAGCUGGGCUGUGGCCACGCUGUGGCAGCCUGGGGGGAGGCACGCUACGGCCAAGGCACCGGCUACAUCUUCCUCGACAACCUCAAGUGCAAGGGCCACGAGCCCUCGCUGCUGCGCUGCUCCCACAUCCGCUGGGACGUGCACAACUGCGACCACUCCGAGGAUGCCGGUGCUGUCUGUGACAUCCUAUGA